CCACCAUGAAGGGGUGGGGCGCUGAUUUUGCUCACUCUCAGCUGGAGAAAUACGGGGGGAAAGAAGGAAAAGGAUUGGGAAAAGAAGAGAAGGGAAAUACAGAACCAUUGAAAGUUAAACUAAAGUUCGAUAACACUGGAAUUGGGCAUGAUGUUGGAGAAGAGUUCAAAUUCCACUGGUGGGACCAUGUGUUCAACAAAGCUGCUAAGAAUAUGUCAGUUGAUGAUAAGGUAAAUUUAAAUGUGUAAUUGCAGUGAAUAUUGGAGUG